AUGCCAUCCAAGACUGAAGGAUUUGGAGUCAGUGCUCUUGAAGCCUUAUCUGCUGGUUUGCCUGUACUUGUCAGUGGUAAUUCUGGACUUGGAGAAGCUCUGAAGGAGGUGCCUCAAGGAUCUCAGUUUGUGGUUGACUCUGAAGAUCCAAAAGAGUGGGCCAAAAAAAUCAAGGUGGUACAACAGACAAAGAGGGAGGUGCGACUUUCAGAAUCAAGGCUUCUACGUGAAAAUUAUCAGGAAAAGUACAGCUGGGAAAAGCCCAUUAGACGUCUUGUGGAGAGGAUGUACAGUCUCAUAUUUGGUAAGCUAGCCUGUGCAUUGGUUUUUUGGGAAAUAAUUUUAAUUAAGACAAGUGAUUUAAUUGAUACCAAGUACAUGUACUCUUAAUCACAGUCAAAAAAUUUUAGUUUUUCAUCAUUUUAUACACCAAGUCAGGUGACAGGGGUUCUUUAUUUCAGUUGCAAGAUAAGAAAUACGAAAACCUGGGGUUUUGAAGAGGUUUAUUUUGCUAAUUAAAUAAAAAUUUAACGAGGUGAGGUGCCUUUAGCUAAGGGGAUAUUCUUGGUUAGCAGUCAUCUUCACAUUUGAGGGCACAUGAGUGGUCAAAAAGUGGCUGUUUGCAAGUGUAGGUGCCCUAGGACCAUGGAAAGUUCAGAGCUGUGGCAUCCUCCACCUGUGAGCUAUUCUCUCUGUUCUGACCUUAUGGCUAGCUUGCAGAGUCUCAGUUCAGAAUUGGGACUCAUGACUGGACUGGGUUGCGGAAAUUUGCCAGUUGUGACAGUUACUGUACAGUAUCUUAGAGAUGUUUGGCCACAGUAGAAAACCCUGUACACCCAAAUCAUCAACCUUACAUUUAAGUGAGGUGGUUUCUCCAGAAAUGAUUCCCACUGAUUUCAACAAACGCCAGGUACCAGCAGUACCACUCAUAAAAGACCACUUACCACUGUCUGCUUAGCUUGCAAAGAGGCUCUCAUGUUUGGGUAUACUGCCACCUAUAAGAGAGCUCAAUACUGUCUGUUUUCCUGCAAACAGGCUCUUGUGUUUUGCUCUUCUACUGCCUGAAAGACCUCUCACUGGCAUCUGUUUAGCCUGCAAGCAGGCUAUCAUGUUUGGGUUUUGCGUUAUGGUCCUUUUCCAGACACAGCUGCCUUUUAGACCAUCAGCAGUCACUUGUGAAAAUGUUAUUGAGACACCUGUAUGUUUUGAAAUUAAAUGCUGGGAUUUUAGAACUUCGUCAUAAUAAGGUCAAGGAGUAGGUCAAGAAACAAUCUGGGAAUUUCAAACACCUCUAGCCGUGGUCACCAUGUAGAAGCCAAACUGUGACACAGUGAUCAAUGCUGACUGUGAAAGACUACCACAGUCAAGCUAAGAACACAUUUUCAAAAGUUUCUAUUAAUAAUUAAGCCAAACAAAAAAGAAGUGGCUCUGCCAAACAAAGGAAGAAAUGGCUCUGAUCUCUUGAUUAAAAAAAAAAGUUGUCUAUCGUAAAGACUGACUAAUUAAUAAAAAUCAAAAAAGUUUUUAAAAAAAUGGUGAAAAUGAAAGUUUUAGCCUGAUCAGACACAGGAAUACUUGGAAAAGAAUACUUGUACAGAAGCAAUUAGAUGAGGUUCUUCUGAGAAAGUUGAAGCUUUUUGUACCAGAAGAUGGUGAAAGACAGAGAAAUUUGAUAUUCACCCUUUUGAGGCCAUUACCUUGCUUAAGAACUAAUUUUCUCGUGGACUCAGUAUGAUCUAUUGCUAUUUUUGAAAGGAAAACACAAACAGACCAUUAAUUAAGUGAAUUGUCAGUUAAUAAAUACUUAAUGUCAAAAGAAGCAUGUUCUAAUUGGUUAAUUUGUGAUUGUGCACCAUGAUAAUUACGAAGCAAACCUGUCAUUGCAACUGGAGAUAAGAGGCCAGCCUCUAUUAUGUUAGAUUCAUGAUUACUAUUCUAAGCAAUUCAGGGAAAAACUGAUAAACUAUCAUCACCUCUGAAGUAAUAUUAAGAUGUUCAGUGAUGUCAAUUUUCUUGUUAAUUUUCAAAUUACUCUGAGAACUGUUAAACUAUAGUCACCUUGAAGGUAAUAUUAGGAUGUUAAAUGAUGUGAAUUUUUUGUUCAUUUUUAAAUGAGUCCCAAACUUGUAUGCCUCGGAAAGCUUACCAGUGGGCCAUGAUAUUUUUAAAAAUCAUUCCUUUGUCCUUCCCAGGACAAAGAGCUGUAUUUAACUGAUGUUGUGUCUCUUUUUGCUCUAAAAGGCUCCUCUGGUGAUCACUCAUUUCAUUCAUCCAUGGAAUAUGGACAGUUUCCUUUCCCUUCAACCUCAGUGUCUCAAGACAACCUUUUUCAAGAGAGAAGUCACUCUCAAAGUAAGCAAAAUUUAUGGUGA